CAACGCUGUUUCUGUAGAGUAGCUGCUUUAUCGAAUGUCGUUUAAAUAUCAUUUGUUCGCCUUGUAGUGCUGUACGAGCGUACGAAAGAAAAACUGGAUAUUACAGAGAUGCAAAUCGAGGAUUUGAAACAUCGCUUGGACGACGCUCUUGGAGCGGAAGACCUAGUCGAACAACUAACGGAAAAGAAUUUGAAUCUGAAUGAAAAGCUGGAAGAAAUGCGUAUGGCCGUAGAAGACUUGGAAGCCCUGAAGGAAUUGGCCGAUGAGUUGGAAGAAAAUCAUAUUGAAACAGAAAAGCAGCUUCAGGCGGAGAUUGAUCACCGAGAUAUGCUUUUACGCGAACAACUGGAAAGAUUGCGAUCGUCAGAGGAAACCAAUGUUGACUACGAAAGCACAAUUCAGCAAUUCAGAGAACUGGUGCUCAACCUACAAAGUGAUCUUGAACAACUUCGUCAUAAGGAAGAGAACGAGCAGACCGAAAAGCGUAAUUUGAGUAGUCAAUCACAAGCGAUGAUGUCUCUCAAUAUGCAGCUUCAAUCUACCGUUAUGAAAGCGCAAGCCAAGGCCAUUGACCUUGAAUUACGCAAAUUGGAAGCAGCCCAAGCCAACGAUCGCUUAAGCUACAUCCAGCCCUACCUACCACAUACCUUUUUCAAAUCCGAGAACGAUCCCAUCUCUUGUCUGUUGCUAUUCAAGCGACUGGUGUUCAAAUCGGAACUUAUGAUUAAACAUCUUGACCAAAAUCACCCCAUCAGCGAGAAACUCAUGGAUACCGUCAGUGAAAACUUGGUCUCUGUUUGCGAAAUGAAACAACGAGCGGGUUGGCUUAGCGAUCUUGCCAAGCGCUUUGUCACUUAUAUCAAGCACUGUAAACCAGAAUCAUUUACCAAGAUGGGUCAAGUAUACCAUGAUCUUGUUGGCACUGAGAGACGAUUGAACGGCAUUGUUGAACUUAUGCGCACGGAUGAACUAAACGAAACAGAAUGUCUCACAGAACUGCAAAGAAUCAUUGCUCAGCUCGAGCAUCUUACUGAAGUUUAUUUGGUGCAAAAUGGAGAAAAUAACCAUGCAGAUCAAUUCUUUGGUCUUACACGCGCUUUGGAUCUGAAUGCUGAUCGAAUGAUUGUCGAGCUCACUUUUGUGAAACAAGCAGCUGAAAAUGCUUGUCGGAAUGAAGGUGUCGUUGUCAUUGAGGGUUUGGAUCGACUUGAUUUUGAUUAUCUUGAACCUCUGGGUCGUCUUAUCGUGCAAAGUAAGGGUAGCAAGAUCAUCGCCAAAAAACUUUUGCGUCAGCUGGAGGAUCUUUCGGAGCAAGCCUUGACUUUGAAGGCAGAACACUUACAUCGAUUCAAGAUGUUGUACGCUAUUAGCUCCAAGUUGAGUCGCUUCUGUUUCGAGACAUACAAACAGAUUGCCGCGUAUAUUGAUACAAAGCGUGGUAGCAAAGAGGAUAUCAGUCUGGCCAUUAUCCAGCAAAUGAUCUAUAACAAGGCUGACGAAAUCUUGGAGAUUGCCGAGAGCUCCAUGUGGGAGGGAUGCUUAAAGACGCUGAAAUCGCUCCAUAACGAACUCGGCGUCACGUUGGAAAGGGUGGAGAAUGACAAUAAGAUGGAAAAGAUUGCGACGGGCGUUGCACCUUGGGUCCAGCGUGCUUCCGAUAUGAAGGCUGAAGUAGUCGUCAACCACGAUAUGGAGCGUAAAUUGCAGCAACACAGUGAAGAGAUUCUCAAACUCAUCAAAGAUAUCAAACUCAAGGAUCAAGCGUUGCAAGAAUCCGGUGUCAAGGUUGAGCUGCUGGAGAAACGCAUGGAAACGGUGAAGAAACAAGCAGUACAAAUAACGCAGUUGGAAGAGAAUCUGCACAAAGCUCAAACGCAAGAACAAAUGUAUGCUGAAGCGAUGGAAAAUCUGCAAGCCGAGUACGACGCGUUGGAGCAGGAAAACAUUGAAUUGAAAAAGACAGCGGUGCAAACCGAGGAAAAGACACAGUCCGCUCCCAAAAAGUCGGAAUUCGAUGUGCUGGAAGGAGAAGCUUCAUCAAGCGACACGAGCAAUUAUCACGAAGUGACGAAUCAGAUGGAAGCGCUGAAAGGCGCUAUUCGUUAUUUGCGCGCUGAGAAUGCUCACUUGAAGAGUUGCGAUAUGGCCCGAACACUUGGUCUGGAUCGACUUCCUGAUAUUGUUCAAUACAAAGCAACAAAGAAAGAAGAUGCGGAUGAAAGUAGCGAGGUGAAAGAGACAGAGAAACUUGUGGAGGAUACUGAGCAGGACGUACGCGAUCUGAUCCGUUCAUUUGCUUUGGAAACCCGUGUGCUUGUCAAAGACAUGCGAGCUGUCAGCGCUUCGCCCAAGGUGGUGCAGUUGUCGGCUGCCAGUCGUGGUGGCAAAUGGCAGAGUAUGAAAAAGGUGCCCGACUACCAGUACCAAACACAGCAAUCGGUCCUUUACACACUGAAGCAACGCGGUGAUCAACUUCGUCAUAAAAUGGAAGAACUGCAGCGACAACAAAACGUUGCCCCCGCAACACCCAAAUCACCACAACAUAAUACCAUCAUGGUAAGUUUUUAUUUCUGGGAAACAAAAUAAAAGAGAAGCAAUGUUCUUGUUAUUGGGUACUGAUAACAUUAUUGUCUUUUUUUGCCCAGACACUUCAACAAUCGCUCAAUCGAACUUCUGCGUUGGUAUCGCGGUCGUUGGCAAGAAUUCAGAUACCCCAAAUGGCAGCCUCCGGCAAACCUCUGCAAACGCGCCGAUGCAUUCAAUUGCAAAGUGCGGCUGAAUUUGAACGCAUCCACAGUGCCUUCUUACGCUAGUCUGAACCGUUCGCCGCUAUCCUUAAAGAAGUAAAAAGUCAAGGGAAACAAGACUCUCGUUUACUUUUUGUCAUUGAAUCACAGUUUAGCUUUUUAGCUAUGAAUCUUAGAAAAGAAAAAUUUGGCAUGAUAUUUCAACGUAACGUUACAAAUCAUAAAAGCGGUCAAAGCGUUUGCUUGUUUUCACGCAGUGAUCAGUGAGCAAAUUCGCAACUUGUACAACAGCGUUCUACAAUAUUGUAUGAUCGUAUGGCUAUCCGUAC